CUGCCUCAAUAAAAAGUGUGUGUGUGUUUAUUAUUAAUACAAUACAGUAGAAAGGGGGCAGGUCUGAAGUCUUACGGACCGCAAAGACACAAAUGCGUAAAGUGUGUUCGUAGCUCCAGGCGAGCAGUGGCUCCGCUGCCUUCGUAUCCCCGACCGUUAGAGCUGCGUAGCUCCUUCAAGGGGGAGACCCUCUGCCGCGGUGCUCCUUAGCGGCUCCAGCGCUGCGGUACGGCGGGCUCCGAGGCGCGGGUCCGAGGAGGUGGAGAGGGCGCCUCCGCGGGCAGGACCGCAUGCGAAACACGCAGCAGGAGACGCGUCUCCUAACCUUACUGUCGGCAAAGGGAAGAAGGGCGAGACGGCAUGGCGAAAGAAACGAAAGUCUCUGCCCGUAAACUCAGCGCCUCUCACUGGCGGAUGCAGAAAAUUGUGCAGGAGUCCAUGGACAGCUCUGAUGAUGAAUUUUUUGAUGCUAGAGAUGUCCCAGAGGGAAAGAGCGCCAUCCUCCUCGGAAUGAGCCAGUGGAAUUCCAACGACCUGGUGGAGCAGAUCGAAAGCCUGGGCCACAUGGACCCGAGCCAAGAUGCCCUGUACCGUCUGGGCCGGCCCCGCUGUGCCCCCCAGGGCAGCAUCGACGGUCUGGAGGAUCUGGAGAAGAAAUGCAAGACUCACGUGCUGCUGCUGGUGAUCCACGGUGGGAACAUCCUGGACACGGCGGGCAGCAGCCUGGGCUCCAAGGCGGGCGACACGGGCACGCUGGCCGGCGUGCUGGAGAGGGUGGCCAGGGCCCACUUCCAGGCGGCCGCGGACCACGUGACUGUCAGGCUGGUGGCGGGGCCAGCCGCCUGCGCCGAGGCCUUCUCCCUGGUCUCACACCUGAACCCAUACAGCUACGAUGAGAGCUGUGUCUCCAGCAGUGUGGACCACCUCCCCCUGGCUGCGCUGCCCCUACUGGCCAUCGCCUCGCCCCGCUACCAGGAUGCCGUGGCCACCAUCAUCGCCCGUGCCAACCAGAUCUACCAGGCCUUCCUGCAGUCAGAGGAAGGGCAGGGCUUCUCUGGCCAGGUGUGUCUGAUGGCCGACUGUGUUGGGGGGGUCCUGUGCUUCGACGCUCUCUGCUUCAGCAGCCAGCGACACGGCAGUCCCAGUGACGUCAGCAGGAACAACAGCAUGGAGAGCCUGAAGGAUGAGCCCCCUGCACGUGGAGAGCCCAGCUGUAGCCUGAGCGCCAGCAAGCGUCUCAGCAAGAGCAACAUCGACAUCUCGGCCCCCGGCAGCAGAGCCCCCCCCAAGAAACCACUGACCCGCAAGCAGAGUGACUCGUACAACAGAGGCGACUCCAGCACCUUCUUCAGCAGUCUCGUGCAGGAGGAUGCCCCUCCACGCCCAGGCAGUAACAGCAGUCUCCUGAGCCCGGGCCACUUUGACUUCCCCGUCUCUGACUGCUUCCUGCUGGGCUGCCCGCUGGGCCUGGUGCUGGCUAUGCGCCGCACUGUGCUGCCCGCUAUCCAAGUGACCCAGCUCCGGCCCGCCUGCUCACAGAUCUACAACCUCUUCUACCCCUCGGACCCCUCUGCCUCCCGCUUGGAGCCCCUGCUCAGCCCCCGCUUUCACCGGCUGCCCCCCUUUGCCGUGCCCCGUUACCAGCGUUACCCACUGGGGGACGGACGCUGCACACUGAUAGCCGACACCAUCCACAGCCAUCCAGAGAUGUUCUCGGAGGACGGGCCAGGCCCCGGGGGAGAGGAUUCGGGUGGGGGUCCCCGGCGAGGCAGCUUGACGAGUGUUGGCAGCGAAGCCUCGGCCUGCUCUAGCGACCGACUGAACAGCACCAUCGCUAACAUUUCUAGCACCUGGUGGGGGACCAAGCGCUUGGACUAUGCCCUCUACUGCCCAGAUGUCCUUACAUCCUUCCCCACGGUGGCCCUUCCCCACCUCUUCCACGCUUCUUACUGGGAAUCUACGGACGUGGUUGCGUUCGUGCUUCGCCAGGUGAUGCGCUGUGAUUGCCUGAAAGCCCAGGAGGCCGACUGCUUCGACUCUGCCCCCUUCUCCCCCUCUAGCCCCCGUGAGAAGUGGCUGCGCAGGAGGACUCACGUCAAGCUGCGGAACGUCACCUCCAACCAUAGGGUGAAUGAUGUCAUCGCGACCGAGGACGGCCCUCAGAUCCUGGUUGGCCGUUUCAUGUACGGUCCCCUGGACAUGGUGACCCUGACGGGAGAGAAGGUGGACGUGCUCCUGAUGACCCAGCCCCAGUCAGGACGCUGGGUACAGUUCGACACAGAGGUGACCAGUAGUAGCGGCAGGGUUACCUACACAAUCCCCAAGGAGAAGAAGCUGGGCGUGGGCGUCUACCCCAUCAGGAUGGUGGUCAAGGGUGACCAGACGUGUGCCGAAGCCUUCCUGACGGUGCUCCCGCGUGGAAUGGAAUGCGUGGUCUUCAGCAUCGAUGGCUCUUUCGCAGCCAGCGUCUCAAUCAUGGGCAGUGACCCCAAAGUGCGGCCCGGAGCCGUGGACGUCGUCAGGUGUGUGUUCCUCAGUCUGUGUGGUCAUUACCCCAAAGUGCGGCCCGGAGCCGUGGACGUCGUCAGGCACUGGCAGGACCUGGGCUACCUGAUCCUCUACAUCACGGGCCGACCGGACAUGCAGAAACAGAGGGUGGUCUCCUGGCUGUCCCAGCACAACUUCCCUCAGGGGGCUGUCUUCUUCUCCGAAGGGCUGGUGCACGACCCGCUGCGGCAGAAAGCCCUCUUCCUCAGGAACCUGAUGCAGGAGUGUCACAUUAAAAUCAGUGCCGCUUACGGCUCCAUGAAGGACAUCUCCGUGUACAGCAUGCUGGGUCUCAGUCCGUCUCAGAUAUACAUCGUUGGCCGCCCUUCCAAGAAGUGCCAGAACCAGUGCCAGUUCCUGAGUGAGGGCUAUGCAGCCCACCUGUCCAUGCUGCAGUUUGGGCACCGGACGCGACCCAAAAAGAGCUCGUCGGUCCGCAUGGUUCUGCGCAAAGGCUCCUUUGGUCUGUCUGCCAAGCCCGAGUUCCUGUGCAAGCGCACGCACCUGCGGCGCACCAUGUCGGUGCAGCAGCCAGACCCCCCCUGCAGCGCCAACCCCAAGCCUGAGCGGGCACAGAGUCAGCCCGAGUCCGACAAGGACCUUGGAGGGGGCAGCGGCGGGGGGGUGUCGCUCAGCGUCUGGGGCCGGGGCUCCUUGCACCGUGAAGACACGACACCCUGAGACGGGGGCCAGGGGAUGCAGAGAAAGACGCCAGCAGUACCCCGCCCAGGGCCGAGCUCCCAAAGAUGAAUUAUGAACCCUCCCGAAAUGUCACCCCAUUUUCCAAGAGACAUGCCGGCUCACCACGCAGUCAGCCUGGGGGGUGGGGGGGGGCUCGGUCCGGCCUGGCAAUCCUGGAAUGUAAGCUGCUUAACACGUCUCCCUUAAUACUGAUUCGGAAGCUUGCUGGCACGUGGAAAAGCACAGGAACAAGAGACGCGACGGAUACCUCCGGGCCGAGAGGAGAAUCGGGCUGGGAUGCGCCGCCGAAUCGCGAGAUUAUUAGCCCAUAAAUGAAUCCAGAAACUCAGCCAAUACAUCCCUGGGAGAUUUGGUGAUUCCAGGUCCAUCCGAUGGCAUUCAAUGAAAUUAAUCCAGUAUAGGGUUUUUUUUUUUUAUUCAUUGGAAUUUCUGAUUAAAAAAAACAAAAAAAAAAAAACAAGGCUGCUGGCGUGAGCUGGGAGAUUCACUGGGAGGUUGGGAGGUUUUUGGGCAGCUGGAGACCUGAGAUUCCCAGGUCCAGCUGGUCUGCUUGUGCAGUGAAUUGUCCUGCAGAAAGGGGGCGCCACUGACUCCUGCAAUAAUAUUCUGAUAUUCCAGUUGUAUGUGUAUGUACAGAUAUGUAUACAGGUGUGUUAAUCUCUGAGCCAGCAUCCCCAGCACUGUUACAGACCCUGGGUCCUCGUAACCUGUUACUGUACUGCACCAGCCCAAUGUUGGUUAAACCCUCCUGGUGGACGGGGGAGGCUGACCUGCAUUUGGCCCCCUUCACCCCUGUUUUUUAACCACUUGGUGCCAUGUUAGGGGAGGGGGGGGGAGUUCACUCGCAUUUCUUCUUCAGGGCUCUCUCGGGAUGGGGGGGUAUCAUAGUCAGGUGACCCACGAUUAUGCUCAUUUGCUGAAACAAAACGGUACUCUUUGCCAAGUCGCUUUGGGGGGGCUUUUUUUGUAGUGUUGGACUGUGUUUUCUGUGACGUCAUUACAAAUAUUCAACAGGGGCGGCGCUAACGGGGAGAUGUUUGGUGAUUGUGCUGGACUGAGAACACCAGUUAUUGUAGGACAACUGCAACACACCACUUGUCCUCAUGGAAGGAUAAUUAAGAGAGAGAUAAUGACAGUUUUAGGAAUCUUCUUGUUAAGGUCAUAUCGAUACUAGCAGUAGAGGGGAACACUUUGGAAACUGUAGAGCAGGGCUAUUCAACUCACGGUCCUCGAAGUCCGAGCCCUGCUGAUUUCCAGCCUUCCUUCACCUGUGAGCCAGGUGUGAAGCCUCUGACCAAUCAGAAUCAGUCAUUAUUAAACUAACUACCUGGGAGAACUGAAAACAAGGCCUGGAUUUGGAAUCGAUGGCGCGAAUUGAAUAGCCCUGCUCUAGAGGUACCUCCAGUCUGCCUAUCCAGUGGGUGGUUCCUGUCAUGUCAUGUGAUCCAGUGGCCAGCCAAUAGGAAGGCCCCUGUUGUGCUUACACUUAUUUUUAUAUGAGGAAUAAUUUUUGUGUAUAGUAUUUGGAAAUAUUUUAAAGAAGUGUUUUUGAAUUGUGUUGUUUAAAUGGAAUCUUGUUAGAGUGUUAUUUUUGGCCUUAAUUUGUAUUUUGACGACCUGGAAAGAGGAAUGUUGUAUAACCCUUAAUGCUUGACCAAAGUAUGAUAGUUUUACAUCUAUGGCAAAGUGAACCGUAUCCUACUAUAUGUAAUGUUUUCCUCUGUAUUUUCUGUAGGCACAUAUAAAGUACACGUGGACUAUUUUAGAACAUCAAGCUAAAGUGUGCUUGUGUGUGUGAGAUCAUGGAAAUUGCUCUAAGCUGGAUGACCGUGGAAACCUGAAAGCCCUCCAUACUGGUGAGGGUGAUCAAUGUGGAAUAAGAAACACUAAUAUUAAUUAAAGUUCACUCUGACAAUGGA